UCAACACCAUUUUAUUUGUGAUGUUUUAGACCAAACUGUUGUUCUGAUUGAUGUAUUCUUUAUGUUAUUUGGUAUAUAGAUUAUAUCCACUAGCAGAAUGCACUCCUUACUCCCCAGCAGAGAAGUAAAGCCAGGCUCACAAAUCAUGACAUUCCAGGUUAUCAUUAAUCUUCGCGAGGCACAGCAUAGUCUCUGGAGGCAAGAGCAGAAGAGCAGAGCAGCUAAGAUAGAGAGACAGCUCAAAGCAAGAAGGGAGCUCGAGGCACUGAUCAAGGAACAGUUGAACAGGUUCCAUGCACAUUACAACCAGGCUUUGGUCCCGACUCAUCUCGAGGAUGUGUCUAAGCUCCUUAUGCCACAAUGGGCGGCUCCCCAAGAGCUUGCCACGCUCUUCUGGCUUGGUGACUGGAGACCCUCUGCCAUUCUGGAACUCUUGCAAGCCCUUGCCCCUUUAUCCUUUUUAUCAGACUCAACUUCCAUCCAACCGCUGUUGCAAUUUAUCCACGAGAUGCAUAUUGAGGAGGCAGUAAUUGAUGAGGAAAUGUCUGAGAUUCAAGCUACAUGUGUUCUCUACCUUCCUUUUUCUCCAGUGAACAGCGGCAAUAGUUCAGCCUCCAGUGGUAUCCAAUCCAUGUUCAAGAAAAUUUCUCGGGUCAUCACCAAGGCUCAAAAGCUCAGGUUCAAGGCAUUAGAGCUGGCGGUGAAGAAGCUGCUGAACCAAACUGAAGCAGCAGAGUUCCUAGUGGCCCUCUCAGGAAUUCAAGUUGCUAUCCACCAGUUCGAUGAGCACAAGAGAUUGCAGAAGGGACCGGUUACCGUGUCCAUCAAGCCUCAAAAUACAGUUGAGACUUCGAAGCAGCCAAAGACCAACAUAGAAGACAGAAUCAGUCAUUUUUUAAAGACUAGUGAUAGCUCAGAACAUGGCCAAGGAAUUCAGCACGCCCUCUGCGACUGCGAGUUCGAAGAGCAGCGGGGGUUGCGAAAGGGGCCUGUUACUCGGUCUAUUAGGUUUCAGGAUGUAUCUGAGACUUCAAAUCAACCAAAUAUACCCUUUGAACAAGAUAGAAGUGAAGAAAGAAUUGUAGAUGCUAUCAGUGAGUUUGAAGACCAGCAGGGGUUGCGAAUGGAGCCCGUCGGUCUGCCUCUAGAGUCUUGGGAUGUAGCUGGAACUUCAAAGCAGGCAAUGAUCCGCUUGAAAGACAGGGUCAGCUCGUGGGAGAAGUUCAGCAGGAUGGUGGAACAAGAGAGAAGUGGCCAAAGGAUUGAAGAACAACUUUAAUGCAUGUAAUCUGAGCGUUAAACAAAUUCCAUUACAGAGAGUUGGUGGUGUUGGCUGAACAAUUGUUCAAAUAUGGGGCACAUUUUAUCAGCCGAAUCAAAUGUAAUUUACAUUUUGAGGAAUCAAGACUCUUUUUCACGUUAAAGUUUGGCCAUAUUUG